UUCUCCUACUAUGGGAUGAGAGCGGUGCUGGUUCUGUACUUUAAGUACUUUUUGAAAUGGGACGAUGACUUGGCCACCUCCAUCUACCACGUCUUUGUGGCUCUCUGCUACCUGACCCCCAUUCUCGGGGCCAUCGUGGCCGACUCCUGGCUGGGAAAGUUCAAGACUAUCAUCUACCUGUCCAUCGUUUACACGAUUGGCCAGGUGGCGAUGGCGAUCAGUGCAAUCCAUGACAUCACCGACACAAACAGAGACGGGACCCCUGACAACAUGACCUUUCACAUAGUUUUGUCUAUGGUUGGCCUCUUCCUCAUCGCCCUCGGCACCGGCGGCAUCAAACCUUGUGUGGCUGCGUUUGGUGGAGACCAGUUUGGUGAUCACCAGGAAAAACAAAGGAGAACAUUCUUCUCUGUUUUCUAUUUGUGCAUCAAUGGUGGGAGUCUUCUGUCAACCAUCAUCACUCCAAUCCUCAGAGCCCAGGAGUGUGGCAUCCACAGUCAGCAGCAGUGUUACGCUCUUGCUUUCGGAGUGCCAGCAGCGCUGAUGGUGGUCGCGCUCAUCGUAUUUAUCGUCGGGAGUGGCAUGUACUACAAAGCUAAACCAGAGGGGAACAUCAUGCUGGAUGUGUGUAAAUGUAUCGGGUUUGCCAUGAAGAAUCGGUACAGACACAGAAGCAGCAAGUACCCAAAGAGGGAGCACUGGAUGGACUGGGCGGAUGAAAAAUAUGAUAAACUCCUCAUUGCUCAGAUAAAAAUGGUGCUGAAGGUCCUUUUCUUAUACAUCCCCCUGCCAAUGUUCUGGACCCUGUUUGAUCAAAAGGGUUCGAGAUGGACUCUGCAAGCCACCACAAUGGAUGGACAUUUUGGGUCACUUGUCAUCCAGCCUGAUCAAAUGCAGACAUUCAACCCCAUCUUGAUCCUCACUAUGGUGCCGAUUAUGGACAACUUGAUUUACCCUCUCAUCAAAAAAUGUGGUCUAAACUUUACACCGCUGAAAAGAAUGACAGUGGGGAUGUUUCUGGCAUCUAUUGCUUUUGUCUGUGCAGCUGUGGUCCAGCUUCAAAUUGAUAAAACUUUGCCCGUCUUCCCCUCCGCCUCCCAGAGUCAGUUAAAAUUAAUGAACAUGGGAAAUAAACCAGUUACAGUUCAGUUACCAGGCAUAGAGCCGGUGAAUCUUCUUGCAAAUCAGGUCAGCGAUGACUAUUUCACUUUUGAAGAACAACAAAUUGACGUCACAAUAGACAAAGCUUCAAUUACACAAAGCAUCUUUUUGGCCAAAAAUGAGCGACAAACGCUUCUCAUCCCCUCAAAUAUCAGUGACGUGUGGCUGCUGACGGAGGAUUUAACUUCGAAGCCACAAGAAGGAAAAAAUGCAAUCCGGUUUGUAAACGGGAUGAGUGUAGCAGUGAAUGUCUCCACUGCUGGAGUCUUGUUUGAACAAAUUGAGCCCCUUUAUUUUUCCAACUACUCCACGAUAAAAAAUGGAAGGACAAUGUUCACCUUGCAGAGCGGUUCACAGUCGUGUGAAUUCAGCAGGGAUUUUGGAUUUGGAAGUUCAUACACGUACUUCUUACCCAGCACUUUUACCUUUGAGCCAAAUUGUCAGGUGUCCAUAACUGAAGCGGAGGACAUCAAGCCCAACUCGGCUCCCAUGGCUCUCCAGAUCCCGCAGUACUUCUUCAUCACUGCUGGUGAAGUGAUGUUUUCUGUGACUGGUUUGGAGUUCUCUUACUCACAGGCACCUAGUAACAUGAAGGCAGUGCUGCAAGCAGGCUGGCUGCUGACCGUUGCUAUUGGCAACAUUAUUGUCCUGAUUGUGGCAGAGCUUGCAAAGAUUCCCAAAAAGUGGGCCGAGUACAUCCUGUUUGCCUCUCUGUUGGUGGCUGUGUGCGUCAUCUUCUCCUUCAUGGCAUAUUUCUACACGUACAUCGAUCCUGCGGAGAUCGAGGCCCAGUUCAGAAAGAAAGACGGUGACGAUGACGAGGAUAAAAAUGCCGAGCUGCAGACGUUAGAGGUGGAGAUGAUGAAGAAAGGUGAUGAUAAAGAUAAUAAAGACAAACAAACCCAAUUAUGAACAACAG